AUGAGACCAGUCAGAAUAUCCGCAGCUUCGGCGUUCCGCAGCCGUUGCUAUGCGCCAACGUUGCGGCGAACUUGGGUCUGCCCCUCAUGCACCUCUGGACAGACAUCGCGACGGUUCGCGAGCUCCAACAGCAAGGGCGACAAGCCGUAUUAUGUGACCACACCAAUCUUCUACGUCAAUGCGUCGCCGCAUGUCGGACACAUGUACUCGAUGCUCCUCGCCGAUGUUCUCAAGCGCUGGCAGAAGCUCAAGGGGCGGCCCGCGAUCCUCUGCACCGGCACCGACGAGCACGGUUCGAAGGUCCAACAAGCGGCCGCCAAGCAGGGCGUCGACCCCAAAGAAUUCUGCGACUCGACGGCGGAGAAGUUCCGCGAUCUCGCGCGCGCGAUCGGCAUGGACAACGACCACUUCAUCCGCACCACCGACCCGGACCAUAAGGAAGCCGUGCAGCACUUCUGGCAUAUGCUGAACGAGAAGGGGUACAUCUACGAGAGCAAGCACGAGGGUUGGUACUGCGUUAGUGACGAGUGCUUCUACGCGGCCAACGAGGUCGAGAGGACGCUGGUGCCGCAGACGGGACGGACGGUCAUGGCUUCGAUCGAGACGGGGAAUGAGGUGGAGUGGGUCGAGGAGAAGAACUACCACUUCCGCAUGACGGCGCUGAAGGACAGGCUGCUGAAGUUUUACGAGGAGAACCCGAAUUGGAUCGUCCCGCGGCAGAGGCAGAAGGAGGUCGUCUCGUGGGUGGAGAACAACCUCGAGGACCUGUCGAUAUCUCGGCCCGUUCAGAGGCUGGACUGGGGCGUACGUGUGCCGGACGACCCCUCGCAGACGAUCUACGUCUGGGUGGACGCGCUCAUCAACUACAUGACCAAGGCCGGGUUCCCGGGGUGGCAGCCCGGGAAGGAGCACGCGGAGGGCUGGCCGGCGGACGUGCACGUCAUCGGCAAGGACAUCGUGCGCUUCCACGGCAUCUACUGGCCGGCGCUGCUGAUGGCGCUGGACCUGCCGCUGCCGAAGCAGCUGCUCAGCCACGCGCACUGGACGAUGGCGAAGAAGAAGAUGUCCAAGUCGGUCGGCAACGUGGUCAACCCGUUCUUCGCCAUCGACCGGUGGGGUCUGGACACGAUGCGGUACUUCAUGAUGCGCGACGGCGGCAUCGAGAGGGAUGCGGACUACGAGAACUCGCUGAUCGUGGCGCGGUAUCACAAGGAUUUGCAGUCGACUAUUGGAAACCUGAUGAACAGGGCGGCCAAGAGCAAGAAGUGGAAGCUCAGAGACUCUAUUGCGUGGGUGGGGGAGAACAGCGCCUCCGUUGGACGCAAUCUCGCCGCUAGCCAGAGGUUGAAGGCAAGGAUCAAUGAGAUGGCGCCCGCGAUGUCGAAGCGCAUGGACGAGUUGAACCCCAAUGCCGCCAUUCGCGGCGUGCUGGACGUACUUGUUGAGGCAAACAAAUAUAUUUCCGAUGCGGCACCAUGGAAGCUAGUCAAGGCGAAGAAUCCCAAAUCCCAGGCGGCACUUCACGAGGUCAUCUAUGUCACGUCGGAGGCAGUGAGGUCAGCGGGCAUUCUUCUCCAGCCCAUCAUGCCGACGAAGAUGGGCCAAUUGCUCGAUCUGAUAGGCGUCGACGCGGACAAGCGACGAUUCCAGGAUGCGGCGUUUGGGACAGACUUGACCGAUUUCGACGCCGGCGGUGACGCUCGUGCCGAAAUCCAAGAAGCCACGGCGUCUGAGCCGCUGACGCUGGAGGAGGAGUACGAGAAUCAGCAGUCGUGGAGGACCUCGCACGACAAACUCACCUUCAUCAUCUGUCAACCGCUCAAUGCGACGUCCGACGCGGCGGCCGGCGUAAAAGCGGGCGAGGUUGAUGCGUCUGCGCGCAUGAUUGGGGAUAUCAACUUUUUCGUCUACCCCCAUGACGACGAGGAACAGGGCGAGGGCGCUUACGUGGGAGAAGUAGACGUUAUGAUCGCGGCGAAGGAGCACCGCGGGAAAGGUGUGGGAUAUGCCGCGGUCACGUCGCUGCUGGUGUAUGUGCAUCGCCAUCAGGAGCGGAUUUUGAAGGAAUACGUUGAUGGUGAGAGGAAGAAGGACGGGAAAGCGGAGCUUAGAGGCCUCAUGGUCAAGAUCAAGGAGAGCAACACGGCGAGUAUAUCGCUCUUCAACAGGGUUGGCUUUACGCAGAAGGGAGAGGUGAACUAUUUCGGGGAGAUUGAGAUGGUUCUGGGGGAUUUGGACCAGUUUAUCAAGUCUCCUGCCGGGGUCAAAGCAGCGGAAGAGUUUCACGAAGUCGUUUAUUCCAGGUAG